CCCGCCCCAGCCCUAGCGAUUGGCCGAGGGCUUCGUUGCUAGGCAGCCGCGGCGGCGCGAGCUCCGCAAGGCGGUGGCUGCGCGGUGGGAUUCGGGAGCUCGGGGGGCGGACCCGCGCGCGGGCCGGCAUGGACCAGUACUGCAUUCUGGGCCGCAUCGGGGAGGGCGCCCACGGCGUCGUCUUCAAGGCCAAGCACGUGGAGACUGGCGAGAUAGUUGCCCUCAAGAAAGUGGCCCUGCGGCGGCUGGAGGAUGGCAUCCCCAACCAGGCCCUGCGGGAGAUCAAGGCUCUGCAGGAGACCGAGGACAGUCCUUACGUGGUGCAGCUCAAAGCUGUGUUCCCGCAUGGCGCAGGCCUUGUGCUGGCCUUUGAGUUCAUGCUGUCAGAUCUGGCUGAGGUGGUGCGCCAUGCCCAGAGGCCGCUGGCCCAGGCACACGUCAAGAGCUACUUGCAGAUGCUGCUCAAGGGUGUUGCCUUCUGCCAUGCAAACAACAUCGUGCAUCGGGACCUGAAACCUGCCAAUCUGCUCAUCAGCUCCUCAGGCCAGCUCAAGAUAGCGGACUUUGGCCUGGCCCGAAUCUUUUCCCCAGAUGGCAGCCGCCUCUACACACACCAGGUGGCCACCAGGUGGUACCGAGCCCCUGAACUCCUGUAUGGUGCCUGCCAGUAUGACCAGGGUGUCGACCUGUGGGCCGUGGGCUGCAUCAUGGGGGAGCUGCUGAAUGGGUCCCCCCUUUUCCCGGGCGAGAACGACAUUGAACAGCUUUGCUGUGUGCUUCGCAUCUUGGGCACCCCCAGCCCCAAAGUCUGGCCGGAGAUCACUGAGCUGCCCGACUACAAGAAGAUCUCCUUUAAGGAGCAGGCGCCCGUGCCCCUGGAGGAGGUGCUGCCAGAUGCCUCUCCUCAGGCCUUGGACCUGCUGGGGCAGUUCCUCCUCUACCCUCCUCGCCAGCGCAUCGCAGCCUCCCAGGCCCUUUUGCAUCAGUACUUCUUCACGGCUCCUCUGCCUGCCCACCCAUCUGAGCUGCCGAUUCCUCAGCGCCCAGGGGGACUGGCCCCCAAGGCCCACCCAGGACCCCCGCAUGUCCAUGACUUCCACGUGGACCGGCCUCUUGAGGAGUCACUGUUGAAUCCAGAGCUGAUUCGGCCCUUUAUUCUGAAGGGCCUCGUGAGGGCUGGUCUCAAGGAGACAGAAGUCACACUCCCAGCCAAGGUGAUGAGGAUGCCCAGACCAGCAGAGGAGCCCCACAGCCUGUCCUGUGUUCAGUGAGCGUCACAUCUGUGUGCUGCUGACUUAACCAUCAGAAACAGUGAGCUCCACUGCUGUUCAGGGCCUGCCCACGCAGAAUGGCGAUGCCUGCCUUGGUGCUAAGUUUCCCAGGCUCUGGCUCCUGGUCAAGGACAUUCCUGUUAGAACUGGUGCAGAGAGUAAUAUGUCCUCCUGUUAGAAACUCAAGUGGGAAGAAAGGUUUGGUUUGGUUUGGUUUUAUUCUGAGAGACAUUAAACACUGGUUCAGGAUCUGAGAUUUACUAUAGAAACCCAAGUGGCUCUGCCUUAUGUCUGCUCCUCCUCCAUUCCUAUCAAGGGAAAUGGCAGAGGUGGCAUCAUCUCAUGACACUCGUUUUUUGGGGGUCACAGCCACAGGGCUUCCUGUGUCCUUCACGUGACUGAGCACUCAUUUGGAAGUGAGGUGAACACAAGUGGAGGCCCAGGGGUGGCUAGUGUUGGGGGGCCAGCAGGAGACCCUCCGCCCAGGAGGCUGACAUUCCAGCACACACUCCCUCGGGACGAGGGUGAGCGGAAGCAGCGUGUCAAUAAGGAAACAAGCCCUCCUGCAGUUAAUUUAUUAAUUUUAUCAAUCCCAAUAUAAUCUCAGCCAGCUUUUGCCUUAUUUUAUAAUAAUUUGAUAAAAUGAUUCUAAAAAAUCCAUGGAAAUGCAAAGGGUCAAGAGAAGGAAGCAGAAGCAGAGAAGAUGGAAGGACGACACCAAAACUUACCAUAAUGUUAUGUUAUAAUUAGGGCAGUGUGAUGUUGGUUCAGGGACAGAUAAAAACAUACAGACUAGAAAAAUGUAUUCUUAGCAAUCCUUUGUUGUUAAAAUGUUUGUUUUAUGCUUCAUGUGGAUAAACUCCCUGCGCACUGAGGAUACAGAGGUAACUAACACUGCUACAGCCACUGGCCUCCAAGCACUUAGUGGGAUGACAAAACACAAUAAACCUGGUUUUGCUUUCA